CUCCCCGCUGAUCUAAUUCUCAAAUUACUCGUUAAAUGGUUAAAAUAGUAAAGUGUAAUAUCACUUUAACAAUGAAUCGACAUCAGUGCACUACGACGAUUAAGAAGUACGAUCCAUAUUUCUUGUGAAAGUGGAUUGUCAUGACAAAAAUGUUCCUCCGGAAGGAUUACGAGGUUACACCGUUAAUGGAUUAGAGCUGCGGGGUUUGGGUCGCUCUUUUGUUUACACCAGUUUUCCGUUUAUUCUCAAACGCUCAGAGUCCAAUGGAUCUGCAGAACAACACCUGUGAAUAUGUGAUAGUAUUUAUGUGACCUGUGGAAGCAGAAGCAUUACCAGUUGCUACAUUAGGGAAAGUUUAGAGUGAAAUCAUGUUCACCGCUACCCAAACGUCCAAAUCUCAGUUCCUGGAUAAAGCCAGGAUAGCACGGGAGGAACGGAAAGGUUAUAAGGAGAAAGAGAGAGCUGCCACUCAAAUCCAGGCUCUGGUCAGAAGAUUCCUCUGCCGUUGCAGGUUGCAAAGAGAAAUCAGGAAAGAGGUUGAUGACUUCAUUGCAGUCAGUGAUGCAGGUUCAACAAAAAGAAAUGCAUUAUCCAUCUUCAAAAUUGCUAGAAAAUUGUUAUUUAUAUUGAGCAAGGAAGAUAAGUUGAGAUUUGAGAAGUUGUGUAGAAUCAUACUAAGUAGCAUGGAUGUUGAGAAUGAACCUAAAGUAUGGUAUGUAUCUCUGGCCCUUUCAAAAGAUCUCACCAUCCCCUGGCUGAAACAGAUCAAAGAUGUUCUUUGGGUUUCCUGUGAAUUUCUGAAAAAACUGAAGCCUGACAUACUGCAAGAUAAUAAAUUGGUGACGCUGCACCUGACAAUGCUGAUAACAUUCACUGACACAUCGACAUGGAAAAUCAUCCGAGGAAAGGGGGAGGCCCUCAAGCCUGCUUUAAACAGGAUUUGUGAGAACAUCAUGGGACAUCUCAAUCAGAAGGGCUUCUACUCUGUUCUUCAGAUUCUACUUACAAAUGGAUUGGCAAGAUCCAGACCUUCCCUUUCCAAAGGAACCCUCACGGCCAUUUUUACGCUGUCACUCAGGCCAGUUGUCGCUGCACAUUUCUCAGACAACCUGCUGAGGUCUUUCCUCCUUCACAUCAUGUCUGUUCCGGCGUUCAUCUCGCACCUCAACACACUCACUCCAGAUUGUAUGGUCACCAUGCAGACCCAUGACCUCUUUCGCAAGUUUGUCUUGUUUUUAAGCCGAGAGGAGCAGUGUUUGGAUAUCUGUGUGUGUCUGGAGGGAAGCCACACUCUGUGCUUACUUGGUAACCUCAUUCAGCUGGGAUACUUUAACGUAAAAGUUCUAGAGCAGGAAGCUGGUCACUUUGUCAAGGAUCUGACAGAUAUGUUGUCAUACUGUCAGAGAUAUGUGUCUCAGAAGAAAUCCAAUCUCACACACUGGCACCCAGUGUUGGGCUGGUUCUCUCAGACUGUUGACUAUGGGCUUAAUGAGUCUAUGCCGUUGGUAACAAAACAGUUACAGUGUUUGUGGGGAGUUCCAGUGAUCUGCACUCUCUUCUGUGAUGUUCUCAGCAAAAAGCUAGAAACUCAAGAUCCCACACCACCACCCCCUCCUCAGCCAAGCUCAUUACAGAAUAACCUGCCUGUCAAAAAUCUGUUCAAGAGAGCGUUCCAAAAGUCUGCAUCUGUGCGGAACAUCCUGAAACCGGUCGGGGGAAAGCGUGUGGAUUCAGCUGAGGUCCAGAAGGUGUGCAGUAUUUGUGUGUUGUAUCAGACGGCUCUCACCACACUCACACAAAUCCGCCUGCAGAUUCUCACAGGACUGACGUAUCUGGAUGAACUGCUGCCUAAGCUGUGGGCAUUUAUUUGUGAGCUUGGCCCUCAGGGAGGACUACGACUCUUCAUGGAGUGUCUCAAUAAUGACACGGAAGAGUCCAAACAGCUCCUGGCCAUGCUGAUGCUCUUCUGUGACUGUUCCAGACAUCUCAUCACGAUUCUGGAUGACAUAGAGGUGUAUGAGGAACAGAUUUCUUUUAAAAUGGAAGAGUUAGUCACCAUCUCCUCUUUUCUCAACACAUUUGUGUACAAGAUGAUCUGGGAUGGUAUUUUAGAGAAUGCCAAAGGGGAGAAGUUGGACUUAUUCCACAGUGUUCAUGGCUGGCUGAUGGUUCUGUAUGAGCGGGACUGUCGCAGGAGAUUCACGCCUGAAGAUCACUGGCUCCGCAAAGACCUGAAGCCCAGCCUGUUGUUCCAGGAGCUGGAGAAAGGCAAAAGAAGAGCACAGCUGCUACUUCAAUACAUUCCUCAUGUCAUCCCACACAAAAAUAGGGUGCUGCUGUUCCGGAACAUUGUGACAAAAGAGAAAGAGACUCUUGGAUUGGUGGAAACAAGCUCCGCCUCUCCCCAUGUGACCCAUAUAACCAUUCGACGCUCACGCAUGUUGGAGGAUGGUUAUGAUCAGCUGCGGCGUCUACCUGUCAAUUCCAUUAAAGGAGUGAUCCGAGUGAAGUUUGUGAAUGAUUUAGGAGUGGAUGAGGCUGGAAUUGACCAGGAUGGUGUGUUUAAAGAGUUUUUAGAAGAGAUCAUCAAGAAGGUUUUCAACCCAGCGCUCAAUCUAUUUAAGACCACAAGUGGGAAUGAGAGAUUAUACCCCUCCCCAACCUCCAGCAUCCAUGAGAACCACCUUCAGCUGUUUGAAUUUGUUGGAAAGAUGCUGGGAAAGGCCAUGUAUGAAGGCAUUGUGGUGGACGUGCCUUUUGCCUCUUUUUUCCUCAGUCAGGUUCUAGGUCACCAUCACAGCACUUUCUACAGCUCGAUAGAUGAGCUGCCCUCCCUCGACUCAGAGUUCUACAAAAACCUCACCUCUAUCAAGCGUUACGAUGGGGACGUCAGUGAUCUGGGUCUGACUUUAUCCUAUGAUGAAGAGGUGAUGGGGCAGUUAGUCUGUCAUGAGCUAAUUCCUGGUGGAAAGACUAUGCCUGUCACUAAUGAAAACAAGAUCAGCUACAUCCACCUGAUGGCCCACUUCCGCAUGCACACUCAGAUCAAGGAGCAGACCGCAGCAUUCAUCAGGGGCUUCCGCAGCAUCAUCAACCCAGAGUGGCUGCACAUGUUCUCCACCCCUGAAGUCCAGAGGCUCAUCUCUGGAGACAACGCUGAGAUAGACCUGGAUGAUCUCAAGAAGCACACUGUGUACUAUGGAGGUUUCCAUAGCAGCCACAGAGUCAUUCUUUGGCUCUGGGACAUUCUCUCCAGUGACUUCUCCCCUGAGGAGAGAGCCAUGUUCCUGAAGUUUGUCACCAGCUGCUCACGACCUCCUCUGCUCGGUUUUGCCUACCUCAAACCUCCUUUCUCCAUCCGCUGUGUGGAAGUAUCUGACGAUCAGGACACAGGUGACACUCUAGGCAGUGUUCUCCGUGGAUUUUUCACCAUCCGUAAAAAGGAGCCAGGCGGUCGCCUUCCUACAUCCUCCACUUGUUUCAACCUGCUCAAGCUGCCCAACUACAGCAAGAAGAGCAUACUCAGAGACAAACUCCGCUACGCAAUCAGCAUGAACACUGGCUUUGAGCUUUCAUAACCCAUGCUGGUUUAUUCUACAUGUACAAACACAAACAUCUACAAACAUAAACAUCAACAAGACUGGCGGUGGCCUAACUGUUAAAGGUGGCCAUACAGAGAUUGAAGCAGGAGACAUUAGAAGAUUACAAUCCUGCUUCAUCGGCAUUGUGGCCUUCAAUUAAGGCUCUUGACCUUGAGUUGCUCAAGCUCAAUUUUUCCAUCAAUGUCUACUCUGUCUUGUCCAACAAAUGGAAAGUGAAUGAAGAAACUAACUUCUAAAACUAGUAGAACUGAGCUAAACGUAUCAAGUCAGAGACUCUUUGAGGAGCUCAACCAUAGAAGUAUAUUAGUGUACAAACAUUACCUUCAGAGAACUUUUUGAACCACUUGAAGAUCCAUAUUUAGUGUCAUGUUCUUUAUUCUCAGCAUUUGAAGCCAAAAGAGCUCCAAACGCCUUAUACAAUCAGUUUUAAACCAGCUCAAUUUAAUGUCAUCAAGUCAGGAUUCUUCUGACCCCUACUUGAGCGAAACCUGUCAGUCGAGACCGAGAAACUGAACUCAGUUUGUGCAUCCAAAGUAACUCCAAAACUAAAUUUAGUUUGGUCCUCAUUGGCUUCUAAUCACUGUGCCCAUUUGUUGAUGAACACUCCUAAACCUCCUUUUAAAGUUACAGCAGAUACAAUGGUGGAUGUACAGAUGUAAGAUCUGCAGAAACAGUUCAGCGUUGUCUCUCAGGUCUCCGUGUCCGUGGAAAGCAAUACUAACGCAAUGCAAGCCAUGCAACUGAAGACACAAAAGAGGCUUUUGCCUGUUUGUACGGCAAAUGCUUUCAAACCCAUAGCGCACUAAACUUCUGCUGGACUUGAGGAAAGAGCGUUGAGAGGAAAUCCAGCACUGUUGAUUGACUUCAGUGAGGCAGAGCCAGCAGUAUGUCAGAUAAGAGAUGUCCCUGCAGAGAUACAACUCUCCUUUCCUGCUUUCUCAUGGUAUACACUACAGGGCCCCGACCCAGAAUGCAUCAUUGGCCUAAUGUCAUGGUGGCAUUUCUUUUUGCUCAUUUUAUUAUACUCAUUAUUCUGCUCAUGCUUUUCAUCUCUAACGCUGUCUUAAUGACAAACUAAUACAGGCAAGAAUGAAACCACUAAAAGGAAUUGUACUCCAGCUCGGAAGUAACCAAUCAUCACAUGACAAAUCGCUCUCCCUGUCAUCUCCCACUAACUCUCUGCCCUUCUUUGCGGUGUAUACUGGAAUUAAGCCAUAGUGAGGACGACUAGCUAUCAAACCAGCUCUUGUAGGGACUUUUUUUCUUAAAGGGAGAGUGUUACAGUGACUUCUCUGAAAGGUCAAUGGGCUCAAUGGAAUAUCGUGAAUUGUUAUUCCAAGUGGACAAAAAAGAAAAGAAAAAAAAAAUCUCCCUUUGCAUGAUGUCACUGAAUGAUUCAGACGAUUCCAUGUCCGUGUCACACAGGUCAAAGCCUGCUGUUUAUGUUGUAUUUCUUUUUUGCAUUGUCAUAAAGAAGGUUAGGGUCAAUCUGUUAAGAAAUUUCUGGUUCAUCCCCCAACUAAAAUCUAAAAGAAAAACAUUCAGAAAAUAUGUUUUGCAAAAAGAAAGUGAAGCCUAUUUUUAGGUACAUCAAGAUUUAAAUUGACCAUCAAGAAAAUAUAUAUUAUUAAAACAAAUUAUUAAUUAUUUGUAUGUGUAUUCUUUUUAUUAAAUUGAAAUUUUACAGUUUUAAGUAUACAUCAUGGUAGUAUUUGUUGUACUACAAUAAAUACAUUUUUAUUAAGUCAUUGUAUCCAGAUAAUAUUUUGGGAUGUAGUGCUUAUAUUUAGUAAGGCUUUAUUUUGUUCAUGCAAAAUAUAGUUGUAUUAUUUUGUUUUCUUUUGAUUUUGGGGUGAAUUAUGACCUGGACAUUUCUUCAUGUGAUUUAAAAGUCGUAAACGGCUGUAGUUAUUCCAGAAUAUAUAUGCAAACCCUCUUCCCUUUGUAUGCAGUAUAUGCAAAAUUAUAGUUAACCUGCCAUAAUCUGUCUGCCCCCCUCUCCCAGCUCUUCAUAAAUCAAGGCAUGAAAGUAUCUUCUGGACAUUUGUAGAUGUGAAAAAUGGCUUUAAGAUCUAUUUUUUUUUUUUUUUUUUUUUUUUUGUAUGUGUUGCUGUUAAUUUUAAGUUAUAAAUGUAUUGUCCUAAUGCACAAGGGCUUAGGCUGUGUCCCAUAGCAGAGUUUGGUAUUUAAAUGAACUGACAUUAACAUGCUAUUCCCUUUGAAAGAUGUUCAAGUGCUCUGGUUGGUGUUGUGGAUGAGGAAUGUGUUUGGCAUAAUGCUGUAAAUGCAAAAAUAUUCACGUUAAUGAAGAGUCUUUAUGGACCCUGCUAUGUAUGGUGAAAUGACUCACCUGAAUUUCAUGAUGUCAUAGAAUCUUGCUUUCUCUCUCUUGGAUAGGGAUGCAACAACCUUUAAAGUGUCUGGUUUCUAUUCAUUUGCUUGAUGAAGAAGUGUCUUUUGAAUUUGGUUGCACUACAUGAACUGCAGGUUGUUAUAUACGCAGUAUAUUACAAAAGCAAUGGCAUUGUAAAGUUAUCCAUAUGUACAGUAAGAUUUCUUCUGUAAAAUGUAGACUUAAUUUGUCAAUCAACCAUGUAAAACAUUUGAAUAUCCAAAUCUAAAAACUUUACUAAACAACAAA